CUCUGGUCCAUUUGAGGGAGGGGCAACGCUGCAUCCGGGCGGACACACUCACACAUCAGGGCUUUUGUGGGGCCGAGUUCCUCUGGGAGCAAAGGCGGCGAGAAGGAAGGGAAGAAAGGAAGGAGCAGGGAAAGGAGCAUUCAACGGAGCCACACUUGUCAUGGAGAGAAACAAUUCAACAUCUAGUGGAUAUUGAAGAAUGUGGAAUUCCAAAGUGCAGUAAGGAAACCAGACGUAUAGGAAGAAGAAAUGCCCCGAAGGUGCUGAUCUGGCUGAACUCUUCAUCUCACUCACAGUUCAGAAAGAAAAGUGUCUAUCUUUCAUUUCAAAGUACAGUAGAGUCUCACUUAUCCAAUAUAAACGGGACGGCAGAACAUUGGAUAAGUGAAAAUGUUCAAUACCUAGUAAUGUUAUGUAGUAAUUACUGUAUUGACAAAUGUAGCACCAAAACAUUGCAACAUUUACUACAAAAACAUUGACUACUAAAACGCAGACUGCACUGGAUAAUACAGAACAUUGGAUAAGUAAAGCUUGGAUAAGUAAGACUCUACUGAAUCGAUAUGGACAAAAAACCAUCUAAAUGUACUGACUCUGGAAAGAACUUUAGGCAACAGAGACUUCAUGAAAGAACUCACACUGGGGAGAAACCCUACCCAUGUCUGGAAUGUGGGAAGAGCUUUGCUCAGAAUGGAAAUUUGCUUAGACAUCGGAGAACUCACACUGGUGAAAAACCCUAUACCUGCCUGGAAUGUGGGAAGAGCUUCUCACAGAUUGGACAUCUGUGCUCACAUCAAAGAACUCACACUGGGGAGAAACCCUAUAAAUGUCAGGAAUGUGGAAAGAGCUUCACUCAGAGGGAAGGUCUACAGUCACAUCAGAGAACUCACACUGGGGAGAAACCCUAUGAAUGUCCGGAGUGUGGAAAGAGAUUCACUCAGAGUGGAAAUUUACAGAAACAUCAAAGGAUUCACACAAGGGAGAGACCUUAUAUAUGUCUGGAAUGUGGAGACAGCUUUGCUGGCAUUAGAGAUCUACGUAAGCAUGAAAGAACUCACACUGGUGAGAAACCCUACACAUGUCUGGAAUGUGGGAAGAGCUUUGCUCAGAGUGGAAAUUUGCUUACACAUCAGAGAACUCACACUGGUGAGAAACCCUAUACCUGCCUGGAAUGUGGGAAGAGCUUCUCGCAGAGUGGAUAUCUACGUUCCCAUCAAAGAACUCACACUGGGGAGAAACCCUAUAAAUGUCUGGAGUGUGGAAGGAGAUUCACUCGGAGUGUACAUUUACGGACACAUCAAAGGAUUCACACUGGGGAGAAACCCUAUCCCUGCCUGAAAUGUGGAAAGAGCUUCUCGCGGAGUGGACAUCUACGUUCACAUCAGAGAACCCACACUGGGGAGAAACCCUAUACAUGUCUGGAAUGUGGAAAGAGCUUCACUGACAGUACAAAUCUACAUAGACAUCAAAGAGUUCACACUGGGGAGAAACCCUAUACAUGUCUGGAAUGUGGCAACAGCUUUGCUGUCUUUGGAGAUCUACGUAAGCAUAAAAGAACUCACACUGGGGAGAAACCCUAUAAAUGCCAGGAGUGUGGAAAGAGCUUCUCGCAGAGUGGAUAUCUACGUUCACAUCAAAGAACUCACACUGGGGAGAAACCCUAUGAAUGUCUGGAGUGUGGAAGGAGAUUCACUCAGAGUGUACAUUUACGGACACAUCAAAUGAUUCACACUGGGGAGAAACCCUACAUAUGCCUGGAAUGUGGAAAGAAUUUUAUUCAUAGUGGAUCUCUACAUUCACACCAAAGAACUCACACUGGUGAGAAACCCUAUAAAUGCUUGGAGUGCAGAAAGACUUUUGGUCGGAGUGGAAAUCUAUAUUCACAUCAGAGAACUCACACUCGGGAGAAACCUUUUAGAUGCCUGGAGUGUGGAAAGAGUUUUACUCAGAGUGGAACUCUACGUUCACAUCAGAGAACUCACACUGGGGAAAAUCCCAAUACAUGUCUGGAAUGUGGCAACAGUUUCGCUGUCAUUGAAGAUCUACGUAGGCAUGAAAGAACUCACACUGGGGAGUAACCCUAUAAAUGCCAGGAGUGUGGAAAGAGUUUCUCACAGAGUGGAGAUCUACAUUCUCAUUAGAGAACUCACACUGGGAAGAAACUGUAAAUUUCUCGCAUGUGGACAGAGCUUCCUUGAGCGUGGAGAGCUACAUAAACAUAAUAGAGCCCAUCUUGAGAAAAACUCUAUACAGGCAGUCUACAAGUUACUAACAAUUUCGGUUCUGUAUUUUUGUUCCUAAGGUUAAUUUUAAGUGUAACUCCAUCCAAAUGUUAUGUAUGUAGAUAGAUAGAUAGAUAGAUAGAUAGAUAGAUAGAUAGAUAGAUAGAUAGAUAGAUAGAUAGAUAGAUGGAUGGAUAGAUAUGUUUUUCAUAGCAUACUUGAUGGAGUAUAUUGAUUUGGAUUUGUAAUUUUAUUUCUGUUUUUAAUAGAAUUGUUUUGGUUCUGCCUUAUGAUGUUGUUUAUUAUGUUUACUAUGUUUAACUUUAUUGUGUGGUGUUUUUUACAAUCAUAUGUUUUUUAUGUUCAUGUUGAAAACUGCCCUGAGGCGUCUCGAGGAGAUGGAGUGGUUUAUAAAUAAAAUUUUAUUAUUAUUAUUA